GGGCUAAACACACGUUCCACCAAUCAGAGGCAGUUACUAGGCGGGUCUGAGAUCGCGUUCGACCAAUCACAGCCAUCCCACCUGACGACCGUCAAUCAGCUGAGUUCUUUUCCCGUUGAUUCUACAGUGUAGCGAGAGUUCGCUUCUCGUGCCUGCUUAGGGACGCGAUCGGUCGCGUAGUUCUGCGCAAAAUAAUGUUCAGAUUUUGGACCAGAAGCUCUAGACGAAGUUCAGCGACUGUUUUAAACAACCGUACAUCCUACUUUUACCGGUCAAGAGAAUGUAGCGGUCAUCCGAGGAUCUCGGGUAAAUUAAUUUCGUAGUUCCAUAUAGACAGAGCUCGCACUUUACCAAGUACGAACUAGCUAAGUGGCUAAUUCAUUGCGCAUCACUGUGAGCUUAGCCGCGGAGGCUAACGGUGCGCGCUCACGUCUUGCGAUAGUAGUUGGGUUGUAAUAAACGCUAAACAACGAAGCAACUGGUUGAGCCAAACAUAAUGGUAUGGGUCAAAGGGACAUCACAGCGUUCGAGGCGUCCAUGAAAAGAAAAAACGGAAUACCCACUGUCUCUAUGUGUCGACUGGAUGUGGAGUCCGCUGUUGUGAAGAAGGAAGUUGAGCCCGGCGGAGGAGAUGGUGCCCUUUCCUCGUCAAGGUACAUGUUGGGCCGCGGUGUGAAACGUAAGCUGAGCACAUCCGAGGACCCUGGCCAGGACUUGCCAUAUCCUCAGCAGAGGCAGCUGGUGCUGGACUUGUGUCUAGACAAGCUACAAAGCUGCCAGCGGCGAGCUGAACCCAGCCUGCACCGAUCGGUCCUGCUGGCCAACACCCUCCGCCAGAUUCAGCAGGAGAUGAGACAGGAGGGGGAAACCUGCUUGCCACCAGCCCCGCUAGGCCCCUCGCUCCCUCACGCCUCCACCCCACGUCACUUCCCCGACCUGCCACCUGUGCCCUUAGACUGUCCUCCACCCCUAACCGGAGCACUGUCCCCUUCAUUCCCCCUCACGAUGGCUGAGGAUGACGAGGUCCAAUUGGGCGGCACUGAAACUCUUUUGCCAUCCCUCGCUGGUGAGGACGACGCAAGGUCAUCGGAUUCGCUCUUCGGCUCGUUCGAGAUUACUAAUUCCACCAGCUACUUGUCAGACUUGCCGUUGGAUGACAUCUUCGAGGACAUCGACACGUCGAUGUACGACUCCUCUGACAUUUCUGUCCUGGCGUUUCCUGUGCAGAGAAGCAGUGGGGUGGACGAUGGCCUCAAGAACCUUUCCAGCUGCACCUCCAACAACAGCCUGCAGCUCUGUCUCUCAGAUAUUAACGACCUGGACCACAUCAUGGAGAUCCUGGUGCGCUCCUGAAUCACGGCUCGCACCGUUCAGCCAUCCCAACGUUUUCUAUGGGGAAUGAAUAAUACAAUGUGUUUUCUUUUUUAAAAAACAACAAACAAAUAUUUUAUCUAUUUUUAUACAAAGGACUGAUAUAUUUAUAUAUAUAUAAUAAAAGGAAACUGCCUGACACACUCUCACUGUAGGAUAAAUGCACAUUUUAAGACACUUCUGAUGGUCGAGCUUACGCCGCCAUCCUUCAUAUUUAAGCAAACUAAGAUAUGAAUAUGCAGGGACUCCGGAAACAAAUACAAAGUAUUACCAUUGACGCUUAUUUAUAUUGGACUCAGUUGUAUUUAAAACGAGGAGAUUGAAGAAAAGCGGAUGCUCCGUAGCUUUUGCAGAGCUAAAAGACUUUUAUUUUUUUGUGAUCUCCACUGUAUUCUAAAGCAUUACAUUUACUGUCAGUAAUUAUGAUUAUCAGAUCAUGUCAUGCACAUGCAGCACUCACACUACCUCUCAAAAUACCAAGAGCUCUUUCUCUAUACAAAGACUUGUUACAACUGUAUUUUAAUGGAUGGUUUCUUUCCAAUAACUUUCAAACUGCUGAUUGUUUUAUAUAUGGCUGUCUGUUCACAGGAAGGCCUCUCCUCAAACGUUAGGAUUCAGUCCAAAGCUAUAGCUGUCGAAGAAAGAUCUUUCUAUUCAAAACCUCCUUUUCUGGUUUCAGAACGAGCUGUUGCUUGCGUCAGAAGUGAUCUAUAUUUUCUAACCGCUUGGAAUUUAAUGCUAUUUCUACUUCUCACGUACAUGAUUGUCAGACACACAGCCACCGUCGAAUCCCUCGUAUGAACAUAGUGCCUACAACGGAGAAUGAAGACUGCCGACGAUGAACUGCACACUGUGGACCCGCACAUAGACUUGCCUGAGUUUCCUGCUCUCCGAGAGCGUUUAGCACGAUCCUCUGUCCUCUAAAGAAGCCAUUACCCGAAUGUGGGUCCACAUCUCCUCUCUGCUGUCCUUCAUUGUGAUCUACACUGCAAAAAGCUGAUCGUGGAUGUCUGUGGAUGCCUCUCUGAAUGAAUGUCCAGAUUUGAGAUUUAAUCUGAACUGAUGUCUCACCUGCUUACUUUUCACUUCAUCACAAACCAGUUACUACUCAAACGGGAAGAGUGCGAGAGGGCAAGGGCCUUCAUUUUUGACAUCCUCUGAACUUCAACUUGCUGCAAUCGAAUGCGAAAGAGCCACAAGCUGCUGGGCAGAAACAGGGGGAGGGGAAGAACCAGAGAGCGAGAUUAAGGGGGGGGGAGUUAAAGCAAACAGCUCCCGUCACGUGGAGAGCUGUGCUAGUGGUGAACGCUACAUUGAGAGUUUGACAACAGCUGGUAUGUUCGUGCUCGCAUUGGUGCGCUUGCACCAGACUCCACCCCUAGUGAGGCCCCGAGGGGCUUUGAUCUCCUCCCGACCAAUCGUUUUUGUUUAAGGGAGGAGCUUUGUUCUCUCUCUGCUUUAUGUGGAAUAGAAUAACAAGUGGAAGCGGUUCAGUUUGGUCUUUUAGCUCAUGGUGGAAUGUCUUCCCUUGCCUAAGUGGCUUUACAGUCUGAAUUUGAGUUAAAUUUAGACAUUCCAUUUCAAAAUACAUGAGAUAUUUAUGUAAUUUAUGAAAUAUAUACAUGUAUACUAAUUACGGAGUUUGAGGUGACAGCAGAGAAGGGGUUUUUGUUUUGUUGCUGGUUGCAACUGAUGCGUUCGUCCCCCUUUAAACUCAGGCUCGCAGACGCCCCACCCUGCCUUUCCCGCUCACAAGACACAUGCACGGCCAUAGAGAAAACCUGACAUUCACAAAGUUUACACUCAGAUUUUAGGAAACAUGCUCGAUGGACAGACUGUGCGGUGAGACCAUCAGCGACCUGUUUUUAAUGCUGAAAGCUGUGGAUCUAAUGAGUGUGUAGCUUUUUAAGCUUUGUAAGCUUGAUCAGUUUGUUUAUUUUUCUCUUUUUUUUUUUUUUUUUUUUUUUUUGUUUGUGUUGUGUACAUAUAUUUGUAUUUAUAUAUAUUUUACUUGUGUUUUGACAUUUUCUUUGUUGACUGAAGAUCAUGAGAUAAUAUAUUGCUUUUAUUUAAGAGUGAAAUAUGCUCAGUAGACUUCGGUCUUUAGGAGGUUUUAUUUGUUUUUUGAAGUGUGAUUUGUACUUCACCUCCUCUUCUUAGUAAUAAUUCAUGUGUAUAUAUAAAAUGCGGAAUUAUGAGAGAUGUUUAUUGUUGAAAUUAUUUGUAAAGGUUUUGAUCUGUGCUGACUCUGAACUGAACGACGACGGGAUUUUCUUCACUUCCCUUUGGACCAGGCAGUUAUUUAGGCAGCUUUUUAACAGUUUUUAUGCUAAAGUGGUUAAUGAGGAGAGUUCAUUUAAAUGUAAUGUCUCCUGCUGCUUGAAUUUCAGUCUCUUGAAGGACAUUUGUUUCACAAUAAUCGGCCCCAGGAGCCUCUGUUUUUUUAAACUCAUAUUUGUUAUGUUUUAGUCUAGGAGCAUGUAUUGCAGUAAUGCACAGAGCACCAGUGAAAAGUGGUUUACACUGUGUUGUAAACUUGUGAACGGCUUAGUCAAAUAAUGUAUGGUACGUUUGAUGUACCGGUUGCACAGAGAAUACAAAAAGCAGCAAGAGGUUCUUAGAUUUGCUUGGUUGUGAGGCACAAAAAAGCAAGCUUUAAACAUCACCUCAUCUUGUUAAUUUGGCAAUUAUUUAUUUUUAACAAGUUUUUUUUUUUUAAAGUAUCCUAAUAAAAUUGUAAUAUCAGAAACCUCAAAAUGUCACUUUGUCCCAAGUGCAAUAUGAAAAUAUGAACAUAAAGCGCUGUCUUGCCUAAUUGCAAAUGACACAUGUAGUAGGCCUGUAAAUCUUUGAAUGAAUAAAUGGCUAGAUGUUGUUUUUUUUUUCUAAUGAUGACUUUACACCCUACUUUUGCUUCUUCCCUAGAAACUGUCCUUUGAUCUGUUUUGACCGCAGAUUUUUGUGAGGUUUGUAAAUAAUAAAGCAUUUUCUUUUGCUGUCAUAUUCUAUGCAAUACAUUGUAGCAGGUCAGUAUGUCAAAUAAAAAAUGGAAAUGGAAA